AUGAUAAAAAAGGAUUGGGUGGAGUUACCUCCACACAGUCAAAGUUAUAAGGACGGUGUAAAUUACUUUUUGGAUAUUGCAUUCACCAAAGGAAUGGUUGAAGAAGAAGAGAUUUUGUGUCCUUGUUCUGUAUGUUACAAUGAUUGUUGUGAAGUAAGAGAUGUAGUGUAUGACCAUUUAUGUAGUAAAGGAUUUGUAAAGGGAUACACUGAAUGGAUUUAUCAUGGUGAAGAUGAGAGUCUUAUAGAUUUUGAUGGUGAUAAUGAUGAUGAAACAUCAUCUCAUGAUGAUAUUGAUGGCUUACUAUUUGAGACAUUUAAAGAUGUGGCUGAAGGAGGUGGAGUACAUGAAAGGAUAAAUGAAGAUGCAAAGAAAUUUUAUAAACUAGUUGAUGAUGCAAAUCAAGAGUUGUAUCUUGGUUGUGAAAAGUUUUCCUCGUUAUCAUUCACUAUUCGAAUUUAUUUGUUGAAAUGUCUCCAUGGAUGGAGUAAUGCAUCAUUCACUGCUCUCGUAGAGUUGUUAAAAGAGGCUAUGCCAGAUUUGAACAUCCCUGUCUCUUUCAAUAAAACAAAAUCUAUGAUAAAAGAUUUGGGCUUAGACUAUAAAAAGAUUGACGCAUGUCCGAACAACUGCAUGUUGUUUUGGAAAGAUCACGAGAAAGAUGAUUCAUGUCAUAUUUGUGGCACGUCAAGGUGGAUUGAAUAUCCUGAAGUUGCUAAUGAUCUUGAAGAAUCUAUAAAAGCUCAUAAGGUUCCCGCCAAAGUUCUAAGACAUUUUCCAUUGAUUCCAAGAUUGAAAAGACUUUUUAUGUGUUCAAAGACAGCUGAUACAUUGAGGUGGCACGCAGACCAUCGUUCAAGGGAUGGGAAGUUAAGGCAUCCAGCUGAUGCCCAAGCAUGGAAAGACUUUGAUGCCAAACAUUCAGAUUUUGCUCGUGAAACUCGUAACAUCAGACUUGGGUUGGCAAGUGAUAGCUUUAAUCCAUUUAGGACCAUGAGUCUUUCACAUAGCACAUGGCCUGUUGUAUUAACAGUAUAUAACUAUCCGCCAAAUUUGUGCAUGAAGGCUGAAAAUUGUUUGAUGUCGUUACUUAUUCUUGGACCAAAGUCACCCGGAAAUGAAAUUGAUGUGUAUUUGUAG